AUUCCAGAUCUAGCUGAACCACCUACUAGUGGACUCUUUGGUCCCAUACAAAAGUCAGUGAGCCCAUACCCACCCUUUUAUGAAGUCCCGGUUCCAAGUCCUCCUCCAAUCUCUGAAACCAUUCUCAUCAACAUCCACCACCAAAGCCAUAUGGAACUCCAAGACCAACGUAAUAAUCACCAACCCAACUCUGCUAAUCAUGGAGUCUUGCACCACCAUGCUCGAGUUGAAGCAAAUUCAAGCGCAAAUGACUUGCACUGGCCUCAUCACGCACACAUUUCCACUCAGCAGGAUUUUAGCCUUCUGUGCUCUUGCCGAUGGCAGUGACAUUCAAUAUGCGCAUCUUCUUUUUACGCAAAUUGAAAAACCCAAUACUUAUAUGUGGAACACGAUGAUCAGAGGCUACUGUAAAGUUCAAAUUCCAACAAUUGGGUUUUCAUUCUUUGGCCAAAUGGUCCGUCAACGCGUCGAAAUGGACAGCAGAAGUUUUAUUUUCGCACUCAAGGCGUGCGAGCAGUUUACGAGAAUCCUGGAGGGGCAUUCGGUUCAUUGCCUGAUUUGGAAGAUGGGUUUUGAUUCUGAUUUGCUGGUACGAAAUGGGUUGGUGCAUUACUAUGCUGAAGGCGGGUUCCUAAGUCUUGCACGCAAGGUUUUUGAUGAAAGUUUUGUUAGAGAUGUUGUGACUUGGACCACGAUGAUUGAUGGGUAUGCGACUCGUACUUGUUCAGAUGAGGCUAUGAAAUUGUUUGGCUCAAUGUUGGUGAGUGAUGUCGAGCCAAAUGAGGUUACUAUAAUUGCGGUGCUUUCUGCUUGUUCCGAUAAGGGAAAUGUUGGUGUGGGGAAGACCAUUCAUGAAUAUGUACAAAAGAAGAAUGUGAAGUGUAGCUUAAAUUUGCUUAAUGCUUUGUUGGAUAUGUAUGUGAAAUGUGGUUGCUUGACAGCGGCUAAAGAGACUUUUGACAACAUGAAAGUCAGGGAUGUGUUUUCAUGGACUAGUAUGGUUAAUGGUUAUGCUAAAUUGGGGGACUUAAACUCUGCAAGAAAGUUUUUCAAUGACAUGCCUGAAAGAAAUGUAGUUUCUUGGAAUGCCAUGAUUGCGGGUUAUACUCAGAAUAAUCGACCAAGUGAAGCGUUGAAAUUGUUUCAUGAGAUGGUGGAGACAGGUUUGGUUCUGACGGAGAACAGUUUAGUGUGUGUGCUCUCUGCUUGUGGUCAGUUGGGUUGCCUGGAUUUGGGUCAGUGGAUUCACCGGCACUAUGUCAAUAGAAGGCGUAUUCAACCCAGUACAAUUUUGGGGAAUGCGUUGAUGGACAUGUAUGCCAAGUGUGGGAGCAUAAAUUCAGCAACAGAACUCUUCGGUGAAAUGCCAGAGAGAAAUUUGGUUUCUUGGAAUACCUUGAUUGCCGGAUAUGCAGGCCAUGCUAAGCAAGCGCUCGCUCUUUUCAACCAAAUGAAAACUAUGGGAUUGAAGCCUGAUGGUAUCACAUUUGUGGCGGUGUUGUCUGCCUGCGGCCAUGGCGGAUUAGUUUCUCAAGGCAGAGAGCAUUUCGAAAGCAUGGCUAGAGAUUAUGAUGUAGAGCCCAAAGAGGAACAUUAUGCAUGCAUGAUAGAUUUGCUUGGACGGGUUGGGCGGCUAGAAGAAGCUUAUCAGCUGAUAAACAAAAUGCCAAUGGAAGCAGGAGUGUCUGCUUGGGGUGCCCUUCUUAAUGCAUGUAAGAUUCAUGGGAAUGUAGAGCUGGCUAAGCUUUCAGCUGAGAAGCUGUUAGAGUUGGAUCCAGAAGACAGUGGUAUUUAUGUACUGCUGGCAAAUUUAUAUGCUAAUAAGAAAAGAUGGGAUGAUGUAAGGAUUGUUAGAAGCUUGAUGAAAGAGAGGGGUGUGAGGAAGAAUCCUGGGCAUAGCUUGAUAGAGGUGGAGGGUGAGUUUCAUGAAUUUUUGGCUGCUGAUAAAUCACAUCCUCAAUUAGAAGAGAUUUAUAAAGUUUUAAAUGAAAUAUACCUUUUCUUCAGAUUGGAGUGCUAUCUGCCAAACAUUUUGAUGAAUAUAUAGCAUAUGGAGAUGAUUUUCUUUAA